UUUUUUUUUUUUUUUGGUUUUUCUAGACAGAUUUUCUCUGUAUAGCCCUGGCUAUCCUGGAACUCACUUUGUAGACCAGGCUGGCCUUGAACUCAGAAAUCCACCUGCCUCUGCCUCCCAAGUGCUGGGAUCAAAGGCGUGCGCCACCACGCCCGGCAAGCCCACACUUUUAACACAGACGGCAACACUGAGGCUCAGAAGGCCCAGGCCCAGCUUAUCAACAACUUCACUGAGGCCUCACCCCAGGCCAAGCUGGCACCAACUGAGGGAGAGCAAGAGGUCAGGCCAGGACAGUGCUUCUUAACCUGUGGGUCACAAUCCCCUUGGGAGUCAAUGACCCUUUUAUAGGGGUCACCUAAGGUCAUUGGAAAACACAGAUAUUUACAUUACAAUUCAUAACAGUAGCAAAAUUACAGUUAUGAAGCAGUAAUGAGAAUAACUUUACGUUUGGCGGUCACCACAACAGAGAAAGUGUAUAAAGGGCCACAGCGUUCAGAAGGUUGAGAACCACUGGGCUAGGACAUCCAGACCUCUAACAAAGCCCACAGCAGGUCACAGUCAACUAGCAGUAAAAAGGUUUUGUGCUGACUCAGAGUCCCAACAUCAUCCUUAGCAACCAAUGGCCCACCAACACAAACAUCAACUGGACCCUUGACUCUUCCCCUUGCUGAUACAGCAAGCCAGUCACCCGUGAGUGAGAAUGGGAGCUCACAUCGUCACUGAGCAGUUCCGUGUAAUGCUGAGGUGCAAACUCAUCCACCCAGAGGCAGUGCUGAGCGGUGUUCUGGCCAGGGGCUGGCUCCUCCGCAGGGGGCCCUUCAAGCACAGCCUCCUCUCCUUCAGACCUGAGGCUGAAGAGAAGCAAGUCCUGAUUCACCACAGAGGGAACACAGUGACCAUGCCCACCAGAUAUGUCCAAACUGAAAAGGGUUCCUGGGGUGGGACAUGUGUGAGUCACCUGUGUAGAGUGUCUGAAAGCUGUUGGGCAUCCUCCAGCAGUUGUUGCCGUCUCUAUAAAAACAGGAUAGGCUGAGGUCAGGACAAGUCCAGCCAGCACUAGACUCAACACAUAAACUCCCCACUCCACUAAACCUACCUUGCUAUCAACUUGCUCCUUCAGGGAGGCGAAGGGGACACCCAGCAGGUCCAGUUGGCCACAGCCUCGCCAGUGGACAUCUAGAAGAGGGUUCUGGGCAAGACAGAUUUAUCAUCUCUAUAACCCUCCCAGGUCAUGGAGGCAUCCACAGUGCCCUUCUCUCCCCACCCCCCAAAAAAGGCUGACAGAGGGACAGAAAUGACCUUUCCUAAUUAGAGAGGGGAUGGAUAUGGCCCUCAGAUGGGCCUGGUCCAAGGGAAGUCAGCUUUAAGGUGAAGAGGAAAAGAAAAACAGAAAGCUAAUAUAUGGGGUACAAGGCGGCACUCUAAGGCCACGUAGCCUCAAAAGUAGCACUGCUGUUUCCAACACUGGACUACCUGGCGUGCCUGUUUCUAGCAAUUCAGAUAGGUGAAACUGGCCUCAGAACCUGCUGAGAGCCUAUUGGCAACAUAAAAGAACCAAUACCAUGGCAAACCCCAUGCUAUGGCCACACACCUGCACCCCAGGGCCUAUGAGGUCAGCCCGAAGCACCAAAAAGGCCCGUUCUCCACUUGUGGAUGUCACAUUGAUAUAAUCUUCUAAGAUAGGAGGCCGUCUCAGGACAGGAUUGCGAUUUCGGGGACUUGGCAAUGUCUGCAUGAGGUCUUUGUCAGCAUUAGCAUCUGAAUACCUAGGAGAGACAAGCAGCUCCCUGUCACUCUCAAAUGGGGUGCUUGACCCACACUCACUCCUCUUGCCGUCCCAUAGACAUCCACUUCCAGAGCCUCAUGCAGGGACAGGCAGCUUUCCAAGUCAGAAUUACAUGCCCUUAAGCAACACACCCAGCAUCCAACAUCUCAGGGAAGACCUCUGGACUCGGUGGAGGGGUAAUGUCCCCAGGAGGGGAAUCUGGAUAUAAGAGCUCCUCCAUAUCUGGCUCAAAGUUCAGCUUCUUCACCACGUCCAACCUGGGUCGUUUGACCAUGGGGCCUGCAGAGACAGAGGCAGAAAGAGGUGAAAGAAUAGAAAACUGAUCCUCAGAAUUCCCCGACUUUAAGUGCUCAGUCCCCAAUCGGACAUACUGGAGGGCGCGGGCUGGUCCCUACGAACAUUCUUUCUAGUAUUGCGGUUGACAUUUCCUGGCGACCCUGCAGGGCAGGGACGCGGGACAGUGUCCCCACCAGCGAUGGCCUCUUCGAAGGUUAGCGGAGGGCGGCUCGCUGGAGUUUGGAGGGUCCCAGGAGGAGCCUGGUCCCGUGUUCCUGCUGAGACAGAGGUUGAUAGCAGCAACACACAUUAAGAAGCGAACUCCCAGCCGUUACCAAUCCCAUCCACACAGCUCUCCAUGCUGCAGCAGGAUGCAGCCACGACCCAGGACCCGCGCCCACCUUCCAGCUCAGCCAGCACUUCGAGCUCAGCUGCGAACUGGUUUUGGAAAUCAUCCUCCACACCAUACAGAUCUUCCUCGUAGUCUUCCAUGGAGCCAGACCACAACUCCCACAGCUCAGAGUCCCUCAGAACUUCCCGCGCCGCCGCCACCGCGCGCUACCCCGCCCCGAGAGCCUCCAAUACCGCCAAUCAACAGCCGACGUUCCCAGAGGCGCCCGCCAUUGGCCAGCGGGGAAGGGCGGGUCUUACUCCCAGAGGGCGGGAGGAGAGGAAUAAUAGUUCAAUGGUUGGAGUGGAGGAUCAAGAACGCUUUCUAUUGGCCUGUACAGUAAGUAAUCCGUGGGGGAGGCGGGGAAAUAGGUGGGACUAAAAAAGCGCGUGCGCAGACUAUUCGGGUAGGGCCUUACCAUUCUUCAGUGGGCGGAGCUCCAGGCCCGGAAUGCCAUUGGCCAGUACGACCAUCCAUUAGGAAAGUGGAAUGGGCAGGGUGAAAAGGCGGAGCUGCGCGCCAGCCAGGCCAAGACCUGGUUCCUAGUAUAGGGAAGCGAGGUUGGAUGCAGAGCUGAGAAUUGACAUCCUGGUCCCUUGGCCCUGUUGCAGGUAAGUCCUAAAGGGUCUGCCUGUGGUCACAGGCUGGUGGGAGGCAAGUUAGGGAGCGCUUGAAGUCCUGGGUGGUCCUGGGCAAUAACCUAGCGUGAAGUGUGUAGGCGUGAGCUGGACAACCAGGCUGUUUAUUCCACUUCAAGUCAGGGAGAGCUCCCUAACCCUGAGUCCAUGGCAAGUCAGAAUCACCUGACCUUGGCCAGACUCCCAUUCCGGAGCUGACACCCCUGGCAUGGGCCCUUGUGGAAGACAUAAAGGGUUCCAGCAGGUUCUGGCCCCAGUAAGUGUGUACAGUACUUGAAGACCAGGUCAGGCACCCUCCUACCCCAGGCUCACUCCCACCUGCGUGCAGCCCCACCAUGGAGCCUGGCAGCAUGGAAAAUCUGUCCAUCGUGUACCAGAGCAGCGACUUCCUGGUGGUGAACAAGCACUGGGACCUGCGCAUUGAUAGCAAGACCUGGCGGGAGACCCUGACCCUACAGAAGCAGCUCCGACACCACUUCCCAGAGCUGGCUGACCCUGACACCUGCUAUGGGUUCAGGUUCUGCCACCAGCUGGACUUCUCCACCAGUGGGGCACUGUGCGUAGCCCUGAAUAAGGCAGCUGCGGGCAGUGCUUAUAAAUGCUUCAAGGAACGGCGAGUCACCAAAGCCUACCUGGCACUGGUCCGAGGCCAUGUCCAGGAAAGCCAAGUGACGAUCAACUAUGCCAUUGGCAGGAAUAGCACGGAGGGGCGGACGCAUACCAUGUGCAUCGAGGGCACUCAUGGUUGUGAGAACCCAAAGCCAAGCCUCACAGAGCUGCUGGUCCUGGAACACGGCCUAUAUGCUGGUGACCCUGUGUCCAAAGUGCUGCUAAAGCCACUUACAGGCCGGACACACCAGCUUCGUGUGCACUGCAGUGCCCUUGGCCACCCUAUCGUGGGUGACCUGACUUAUGGCCAGGCUGAGGACCAGGAGGACCAACCUUUCCGCAUGAUGCUGCACGCCUUCUACCUACGCAUCCCCACACAGGCAGAGCGCGUGGAGGCCUGUACGCCUGACCCCUUCCUGCCUGCCCUCGAUGCCUGCUGGAGUCCCAGUACCUGUGUUCAACCCCUUGAACAGCUCAUCCAGGCCCUGAGGACUGACCCUGACCCAGACCCUAUGAGUGGAGGGCCAAGGCCCUGCAGCCCCUCCACCCCACAGCCCAGGCCAGGUCGGCCCCCUCCUGAGACUGAGGCACAGAGAGCAUCGUGCCUGCAGUGGCUAUCAGAGUGGACACUAGAGCCGGACAACUAAGGGCCUCUGGGCUUUGGGGGUUGAGAACCACACCAUCCAGCAGCUAGGCAGCCAUGAUUGCUGAGGACAGGGUUUUCGGGCAGUGGGAGAGAUGCCCAGUAGGUAAGUCUUCUCUCGCUCGGCAUUUCUCCAGAGGAAGCUCAGGUUUUCCUUCUGGUACAGCAUUCUGCCUCUUUAGCCCCAGGCUUGCCCAAACCCCUAGCCAGGAAGGGCAAGGCCAGGAACGAGGAUCCCCCAGGGCCCCACAGUGCCUGAGAAGGACCAUCCUGGCAUUAGCCUACCUGGACUUGGGUCACCUGCAGCCCCCAACCUGUCUCUUGCUGCCCGCCACUGUCAUGUGCCUUUGCCUUUCCUGAACUCUGCCAGGGCCUCACCUCCUCUGCCUGCAUCUAGCGCUUGGCCCCAAUGCAUGGGAGUGUGUUGGGGCAUCUACAGAGGCAUCCUCCAUGCAUGCCCAGUCCUCUAAGCCUGCCAUGGAUGCCGCUUCUGUUCUAUGGGCUCCUAGCUGGAGCGUUGACAUGUCACCACCUGCCUGGCUUCCACAUAGCCAUAGAUUAUCAGCGCCAGCCUUCGGGUCCUCUCCUGGGAGCCUUCUGGGCCUCACAUGUCUGCCACAACACAGCCACAGCACCCUGGCUGUAGCUAGGGUCUAGGAUUAAGAAUAAAUGUUCAGUGAUCAAUCUUGA